AUGGGAUUUGGUUCUAAAUGGAGAAAAUGGAUUAGCUGCUGUGUUGAAUUCACAAGAUUUUCUAUUCUUAUAAAUGGUAGUGCAGCUGGGUAUUCUAAGAGUAAAAAAGGAAUCAGGCAAGGAGACCCAAUUUCUCCUUUCUUGUUUUUGUUAGUUGGUGAAGCUCUCAAUUUUAUGAUAAAAAGAGCACAAGAACAGGGUUUAUUAUCUGGUUUUCAAGUUAAGCCUAAUGGUUUGCUUGUGAGUCAUUUGCAAUUUGCAGAUGACACACUUAUUUUUCUGGAUGCUGACAUUGAGCAGGUGAAAAAUUUGAGACUUAUUCUGUUGUCUUUUGAAACGCUCACAGGUUUGAAGAUUAACUUUACAAAAAGUCAGAUCUUUAGUGUAGGUUAUGAUGGGGAUUUGAAUGUUUUUUCUUCUCUCCUUGGAUGA